AGGGCCCUAGAGAUCAUGAUGGCGUAUAUGAACCCGGGGCCCCACUACUCCGUGAACGCCUUGGCCCUGAGCGGCCCCAGCGUGGACCUGAUGCACCAGGCUGUGCCCUACCCGAGCGCCCCCCGGAAGCAGCGGCGGGAGCGGACCACGUUCACGCGGAGCCAGCUGGAGGAGUUGGAGGCCCUGUUUGCCAAGACUCAGUACCCGGACGUGUACGCCCGCGAGGAGGUGGCGCUGAAGAUCAACCUGCCGGAGUCCAGGGUGCAGGUGUGGUUCAAGAACCGCAGGGCCAAGUGCAGGCAGCAGCGGCAGCAGCAGAAGCAGCAGCAGCAGCCGCCGCCGCCCGGGGCGCAGGCCAAGGCUCGCCCGGCCAAGAGGAAGGCGGGCGCGUCCCCGCGGCCCUCUGCUGACGUCUGCGCAGACCCGCUGGGGCUCUCCGAGGCCUACAGCCCGCCUCUGCCCGGCCCCUCGGCCUCCCCCACCGCCGCAGUGGCCACCGUGUCCAUCUGGAGCCCGGCCUCCGAGUCCCCUCUGUCCGAGGCGCAGCGGGCGGGGCUGGUGGCCUCGGCGCCGUCUCUGACCCCGGCCCCCUACGCCAUGACCUACGCGCCGGCCUCCGCGUUCUGCUCCUCCCCCUCGGCCUACGGGUCUCCCAGCUCCUACUUCAGCGGCCUAGAUCCCUACCUCUCUCCCAUGGUGCCCCAGCUGGGGGGCCCGGCCCUCAGCCCCCUCUCAGGGCCCUCCGUGGGGCCCGCCCUGGCCCAGUCCCCCACCUCCCUGUCGGGCCAGAGCUACGGCGCCUACAGCCCCGUGGACAGCUUGGAAUUCAAGGACCCCGCGGGCGCCUGGAAGUUCACCUACAACCCCAUGGACCCGCUGGACUACAAGGACCAGAGUGCCUGGAAGUUCCAGAUCUUGUAG